GGGACCGGGGCUGGGGGGCAAGUGGGAGCAGGGGAGGCCGAGCCCCGCCGGCGGGCUGGAUCGGCUCAUCACCGUGCGGCUGCCGGGCCUCCACGCGUGACAUCGGGACGGGGAUGGGGCCUCCACGGGUGACACCGGGACAACGGGCGGGCUUCAGGACCCGUACGGUGUGACACUGGCACGGCUGUGACUGUAGCGCACCGGUACCGCUGCGGGACUGCACAGUGUGACACCGAUAUCGGUGUGGCCCAGGGACCCGUGCGGUGACACUGGUCCGACUCCAGUGCAGAGCGCUGGCCAUGGAGCCGGGCACCAUCGACAACCUGUCCAUCCUGUACCAGAGCUCCGACUUCAUCGUGGUCAACAAGCACUGGGACAUCCGCAUCGACAGCAGGAUGUGGUACGAGACGCUCACCCUGCAGAGCCAGCUCAAGCACCGUUUCCCCGAGCUGGCCGACCCCGACACCUACUACGGCUUCAGGUUCUGCCACCAGCUUGACUUCUCCACCAGCGGGGCCCUGUGCGUCGCACUCAACAAAGCAGCGGCGGGAAGCGCCUACAAGUGUUUUAAAGACCGGCUGGUGACCAAAGCUUAUCUCGCCCUGGUCAGGGGCCACGUCAGCCAGAGCCGAAUGACGAUCCGCUACGCCAUAGGGAAGAACACCACUGAGGGCAUGACCCACAUGAUGUGCAUUGACGGGACGGAGGGCUGUGAAAAUCCCAAACCUUGCCAGUCGGAGCUGAUCGUGCUCGAACACGGGUCCUACAGCGGAGACCCCGUAACGAAAGUGCUGCUGCAGCCGCUGACAGGGCGGACUCAUCAGCUCCGGGUUCACUGCAGCGCCAUCGGCCACCCCAUCGUGGGGGACUUCACCUACAGCCACAAGAAAGACAGCAGUCCCUACAGGAUGAUGCUCCACGCCUACUACCUGCGCAUCCCCACCAGCAAGGAGCUCAUCGAGGUCUGUGCGCCCGACCCCUUUGUCACCGCAAUGGACAGCAACUGGGUGCCCCACCACGUCACUCACCGGCUGGAUGAGACCAUCCAAGAGCUGAAGGACAAGAUGAUGCAGAAGGGGGAAGAGGAGGAGAGCCAGGAAGCUGUGCUCGGUGGCGGAGGAGAGGAGACACAGCACGAAGCCAAGAGCCCGGAGACGGAGGAGCAGCGAGCCCGGUGUGAGCAGUGGUUGGCCGAAUGGGCUUUGGAGUGAGCACAAAGCACGUCUCUGCAUUUCCAGCCCAAUGCUCCAUUUUCGUCCCAGUGGGUCCCCGCCGGAGCCCAGCGCUGACUCCACAUCUGCACUUUCUGUAUGCCGUGGCUUCCCUCACUUCUGGGGCUAGGAUUAGACAGAUUUUAGCACUGAUUAGGGAGUAGGAUGGGUUUAUUUUUUAACGUACACAUCAUCCAUCUGGCCACUGGAUGCCCCUUUCCUAAUUCUGGGCCUCAGCAUCAGAGUCAGUGUGUCACGUACCAGCCUAGAGCGACCCCAAAGCUUUACGUCCCUGUCCCAGGGCUCAGGCACAGCCGGGGCGGCACCAGUGCUGCCUUUGCCAUGAGCACGAUGGACGUAUCUGCAAACCCGCAGCACUAGAAUGCUAAAACACAGCCCAGCAAAGGGAGAAAACACGCCGGGUGUAGCUGCUGUGGGAGGUGGGAGAUGAGGAGGCUGAAGUGCAGCCUGGGGGGCACUGACAGCCCCCCUAGUCCCGGGGUGGCCCCGGCUGUUUUGCCCAUGGAGCUGGGCUGUGCGAUGGGCGCAGGAAAGGUCCCUGCCUGCUGUGGAGGACGUGCUGCCUGCCCGUCCCUGCCCUCGCGCUUUCUUCCCCCACCUCAGCUCACGUGUGGUUGUGUUUAAAGGUUUGUUGAAGGUGACUGAGUUGAUACGAAUGGAUUUUAAACUUUUUUAAAAAUUUCUAUAAGAAGAAUCCAGUCUUUUAGCGGUUCUGAAAUACGGGUGGUCUCGGAAACGCGUGUAUUUUUAGUACUUCUGUGGUCAGAAUAGCCAUCAGGUCAAAGCUUUUUAAAUAGAUCUUAUUAUUCCUUCUACUAGCAUUGCCUUUUCUUAGCGCCCACUUUUAUCCUGGAUGUGGAUGUAACCCCUGCUGAGACAGGUCAGAAGACACAAGCCCCUUUCUGCUUGUGGAGGACAAGGAGGAAUCAGUUUUUGUCCCGUCGCGUGGCUCCUCGCUGGCAGGUUUCAGCGAGGGUGUCCGCACCGGAGGGUGCCACGGGCAGGUCCUUCGGGUGGGCAGUUUGGGAGAGCUCUGGAUCAGCGAGAGCAGCCGAGGAGAUGGCUGAAGCUGAAAGAAAGGCUGAGGACUGGUGCGAAGAGUGGGAAGGGGCUCGUCUCCCGCGCUGGCACUCAGCUUUGCAAGAUGCUGAGAGGAGUUUCUCUGGAAAUGCCCUUGCUUUGCCAGCUGGCGACGUGAUGCCUCGCUCUCUCCUUCCCACCCGGCUUGUCCUCUGCAGCCCGUAGAUAACACUUAGAAAAUGAAGAGAGCGGGGCAGUGGCGUGGGCUGGGGAGGGACAGAGGUGGCUGGAGCCCCUCGCAUACAGACACCGAUCCCUGGGGUCUUCCGCACCGAGCUGCCACAUCAGCCCAUGCCCAGAGCUAUCGCUCUCGUCACCCCACAAGCCCUGCCCCAUUUAAAAUGCACCUGACAGUGGUUUAAGUAACUCAUGUUCCUACUGUGAGGGGAACUAGAAUGGCACAGCCCUCUCCUGCUGGGUGAACGCACCGCGCGGGUCACCGCAACCGCGAGGGGUACUGCAUCACCCGUCCCUUGCGUCCCUGGGGGCUGGUGGGUCCAAGCUCACUGUGCUGCGGCGCGUGGCUGGGGACAAGGUGGCUGUCACCUUGCUUUCGUGGCUUGGCACAAAGUCCUGCCAUCCACUGCAGGGUGGGGACGUGCUCAAGGCUCUGCAGGCACCAACCCUUGGCACUAAGCAGGGACCGCAGGCUCAUGAGCUGGUGGCAGAGAGCUCAGGGGGGUUUGAAUGAGCAGAAGAUCUGUCUCCUUCCUCCCAGGCCCUGUCCCUGCUUGUCCCACGUCCCAGGAGUGGCCGGGGAGGGGAGAGGCAGCCACAGGCGGGUCCUGAAGCUGUAAAUUAAUGCCAUGAACUUGUUUGCCAAAGAAUGAACGUGGGUGACGUGCACAGGAGAUCCUGAAAAGUUAUGGGUGAGACUUGCAGCAUCAGAGACGGGGCGCAGCCUUCCCUUCCCACGGCCCCCGCUGCGGGAACAGUCCCUGCUGCGUGAUGGGGACACGUGUCCUGCAGCCGCACGUCCGGGACGAGGCCACGGGGCCGGCGGUCACUGGGGGUGGUACGUGGGGACAUGCCGGUGCUAACGCACAAGGGGAUGGUGAGGAACCAUCACAGCUGGGGGGCUGGUGCCCAGCACUCACCCACCGUCUGCGUCGAGGAGCCCCUGCACCUCCCGUCAGCCUGCGUGUAUUGCGCUUUUACCCGACCCUGCAGCAACCAGAGAUAAAUAUGCAUUUUCCUUACCCGGCAGAGAGGUGUUUUCCAGGCACCCUUCCCUGGCUCCUCGCCCGCGCUGUGUCCGGUCCUGCUCCCUCCUCUCUGCCAUCGCUGCCGCGGGGCCAUUUGCUGCGUCGUGUGUGAAUCCACUCCUGCGUUCGGACCGGGGGGGUGUGAUGGUGGAGUGGGGGUGUGUGUCUCGUGACGUGCUGUACGGCUUGCAAUAACCCUUACUUCUUGUUGCACAU